UCAUCAUUCUGCGCCCGCAGUGGCGGCCAUCUUGCCUGCUCUGGUUCGGGAGAGGGGCGGCGGCGGCAACGGCCGCGGCCACAAGGGAGCAGGGAGCGUCCUACACAACAUGGAGGAGUCACCUGCCUGAGCAACUCUGUUGCCUCCAUGGAACCUUGCCCCACAGCAAGCUGUGCCAUGGGGAUUGCCAAGGAGGCCACCGAGCCAGCAGAAGGAGGCGCCCGUCUCGCCCUUCCCUCAGAGACUCAGUUCAGGAACCUGCUCUGGAGCGGGCAGGACGAGGCAGCCCUGGAUGGACCCGUUUUGGCAGGGAUGGGCUUGGGCGAGACUGAGGCAGCCAUGGGGUCACCUGUGGAAAGUGACCUGCAGGAGGAGUGGCCAGAACUUCAGAGCCCAUCCAGACGGAAGAGAGCCCUGGAGGAGGGAAAAGAAGGGCUGUUCCCUGAGCAGCUGAGCAGGCAGGCAGAAGCGGCUGCCCCUCCAGAAGCCCUGGGAGAGCUGUUUGCAUCUGCCGUUCCAGCUGCGGCUCAUGCCCCACAUCCGGCUGCCCCGUCCAGACGGAAGCGUUCCCGUGGGCGGAAGCCCCGGAAGAAAGCCGCUGGGUGCCACGGCCCCGGUGGCCCCACGCAGUGCUGGGGCAGGAGUGAGGAUCCUGGGCCUUCCGAGAACAGCUCCUCGCUGCUGCCCGGGCGGGUGCCGAAGAAGCGAGGGCGCAAGUCCAAGGCGGAGCUGCUCCUGCUGAAGUUGUCGCAGGAGUGCCAGGCAGCCGAGGCCCCGUGCCCGGAGAACUCGGCCCUGGCGCCCAGUGAGAAGGACAUGCAGUGCCUUGAGACCACGCCGGGCGGGCGCCCCAAGAGGCGGGCAGCUAAAGUAGCCCUUCUGUACCUGCAGGAGUUGGCGGAGGAGCUGACGUCUGUGUGCCAGGCCCCGUCUAGCACCGAGCCCCCAGAAGGCCCGGUCACCCAGCCCAAGGAGCCUGGGAAGAAGCGGCGAGGGCGGAAGCCAAAGGAUCAGAGAUGGGAGGCUGAGGAGGAUGCAGACUUCGUCCCCUCUGAAGAAGGACUCCUGCACGCAGAGGAGGAAGAGCAGGAGGAGGCGGAGGAGGAGGAGGAAGAGGAGGAGGAGGAGGAAAGUGACCCGUUCUUCUAGGAAGCCUCUCGAGCGGAGCUUGGCGGGGGCCGCGUUCCUGACCCUCCCCCUUCUUUUCCACAGCGGCCCAGGGCCCAGUGCCGAGGCUUCGCCCCCAACGGCUUGCACAAGUCGGUCAUGGCCCCCGUGUGGACGUCUCUGUCCGUUACUCACCGCCUGCGAGAGCAGCUCCAUUCCCCCUGGGAGUUUCCAGAGUGGGUCCCCUCUGCCCGGCGGUGGGUCUUCCUCUCCGAGAGUGAAGCUGCUGACUACCUUCCUGGUGAAACCAAGUCCCCCCUCUUCUCCGUCCGGCGGGAAGGACUGCAGGAGGACAGGGGCAUUCUCUAUCGCAUCAACAGGUUUAAUGCCUUGCAGCCCCACGAGGAGCGCCUAGACAUGACCUUCUUUGUGGGGGGCCCCGUCUGGGCCCUGGAGUGGUGCCCAACCCCGGAAGGGUCGGGGGCCUCCCAGUGCAUUGCCCUCUACUGCACCCCCGGCAUGGACGACCGGCACUCCGUGUCAGGGACCCACUCGGGACCAGCUCUGCUCCAGCUGUGGGACGUUGGCCCCAUCCAGCAGGACGAGGGGUCAGCCACCAAGCCCGGACUGGCCUACGGCAUUGCCACCAACCACGGCUGCAUCUGGGACAUGAAGUUCUGCCCCAGCGGGGGCUGGGAACCCCCGGCCACAGGCCGCAAGUCCCCUCAGAUGAGCCGCCUGGGCCUGCUGGCUGUGGCUUUCUCUGACGGCCAGGUGCUGAUCUACAGCCUUCCUCACGCAGAGGCCGUGCGUGCCCACUGGAGAGCCCAGGUAACAGGUGUGGGGACAGCGCCGCGACAUGCCAUCUGCAAGGUCCAGCACGUGGCGUCCCUCCAGGUGGGCUCCAUCCAGGCCGGGAAUGCUGUAGAGUGCGGGCAGUGCUUCAGUGUGGCCUGGAUGCCCUCUAAACCCCACCAGCACCUCGCGGCUGGGUUCUAUGACGGCACCGUGGCCCUCUGGAACCUGAGCACAAAGUCCCUGCUGCAGAGAGUGCGUCAGCCAGACGGCGCCCUGAAGCUCUACCCCUUCCGCUGCUUCCUGGCCCACGACCAGGCCGUGCGCAACAUCCAGUGGUGCAAAGCAAACAGCAAUUUCAUGGUGACGGCAGGGAAUGACCGCAAGGUCAAGUUCUGGGACCUUCGCCGGCUGCACGAGCCCCUCAACAGCAUCAAGCGCUUCCUGAGCACCGAGACGGCCUGGCUGCUGCCCUACAGCGGGGUCACGGUGGCCCAGGACAACUGCUACGCCUCGUAUGGCCUGUGUGGAAUCCACUACCUGGACGCCGGGUACCUGGGCUUCCGAGCCUAUUUUGUGGCUCCUCGCAAGGGCACGGUGUGGAGCAUCUCCGGAUCCGACUGGCUGAACACCGUAGGCGCUGGCGACGUCACAGGGGAGCUGGUGGCUGCCGUGAUGCCCGACCUCUCUGUCAACCCCCACAACAUCAAGCGGCCCUCGGAGCGCCGGUUUCCCGUCUACAAGGCCAGCCUGCUUCCCUGCAGCCUGCUCAGCAAAGAGGCUGCCUCAGCAAGAUCCCCAGAGAGGACCCCCGUGGAGGGCAGGACCUAUAGCGAGUCCGUGGCCCAGAACUACAUCCUUUUCCAGGAUCCAGAUCUGAGGAGCUUCAAGAACGUCUUCCGGCAGAAGCCACGCGGCCCCCAUCACCCCUUGCCCGAAGCGAAGGAGGGCGGUGGCCUGGGACGGCUGCAGCUGGAAGCCAUACACAAGGUCCGUUUCAGCCCCAACCUGGACUGCCACAGUUGGCUGGUCUCCGGGGGCCAGUCCGGGCUGGUGCGGCUGCACUGCCUCCGGGCGCUGGCCUCCCCGCUCAGCCACAAGCUGCUGCGCGAGUGCCAGGCCCAGUUCAGCGCCAUGUUCGACCGAGGGGAGGGCGACGACACCUGCCCAGAGAGUCCUCCUCCUGAGGUGCUGGAGGCAGUCAGCUGAGCGGUCCCUGGACGGCAGCAGCUCCUCGGCCUGACCAGUCUUGAGGCGGGGCGGGGGGGCGCCUCUGUGGAGACAGCCCCCCCAUGCAGGACAGCGGCAGUGGGGGGCUCCUGGUUGGCCAGCUUGAGAACAUCUGGAGAGGAAUGUCGAGCGGCGCCUCUCCCUGCCAGCUGCUGGACCAAGAAGCCUUCCUCCUCCUCGGCGGGAGUGGGACCGGGACUUUGGAGGAGGGAAGGAACCUUCGCAUUGACCCCUGGCCCAGGAGGGGACUGUGGAUCGGGGCCAGCGGCAGGGUUGCCUGCAGUGAGACCCUCACCCUCCUUCCUUCCCUUCCAUGUGAGGGCCACAGCCUUGCUCACAUUGAGCUGUUUUCUUCCCUGUGGUUAAAAGUAUGUGUUGGUUUCUA